CAUCAUGGCCAAGCUGCUUGUGGCCCUCUGCUUGGGUCUGCUUACUCUUGUGACAGCCACGGCUGCUGACGAGCUGCCACGCGUCGUCGUCUACGCCACGGGUGGCACUAUUGCAGGCAAGAGCAAUGGCGGCUCGUCCGAGACGACGAAGUACUCUGCGGGCCAAGUCACGGCGCAGCAGCUGCUUGACGCUGUGCCAGAGAUUGCCAACGUAAGCCACGUCGAUGCGGUCCAAUUCACCAACCUGGGCUCUAACCGACUCAACACUUCGCUCGUCCUAGAGCUGUCCAAGAAUAUAUCUGCGAGCCUGGCGAGCGACAAAUAUGCAGGUGCCGUCGUGACGGUGGGCACCGACACCCUCGAGGAGGUGGCCUACUUUCUCGACCUGACAGUCGACAGUCCCAAGCCCGUUGUCAUCGUCGGGGCUAUGCGUCCCACGACAGCCCUCUCUGCCGAUGGGCCCAUGAAUUUGCUGCAAGCCAUUCGUGCUACCGUCCACCCCUCUUCUCGCUCGCGAGGCGCGCUCGUGGUGCUCAAUGACCGCAUCGGCAGCGCCUACUACACGACCAAAACCAACAGCCGGACGCUGGACACGUUUAAGGCCAUCGAACAGGGCUACCUGGGCACCUUUGUCGACGGUGGCGAACCGCUCUACUACUUUACACCGUCCAGACCCACCGGCCGGCGCUUUUUCAACAUCUCAGCGCUUCACAUCUUACCGAAAGUCGACAUCCUCUAUAGCUACCUCGACAUGGACCCUAUGCUGCUGCGCCUCACCGUCGAACACAACGGCGCCAAAGGUAUCGUCAUUGCAGGCGAAGGCGACGGUGAGGCCGACCGCACAUGGCUGCCAGAGAUGGUGGGCCUCAUGGCGCGCGGCGUGCCCGUCGUCACGUCCACUCGCACCGCUGCGGGCACCGUCGGCGCUGGGCUCAAUUUUGGCAACGGCACAGCGUCGAUCCCCGCCAGCACGCUCAACCCGCCAAAGGCCAAGAUCCUUCUCCAGCUCGCUCUUGCGCAGCACCCCAGCGAUGUCAGUGCUGUUGCCAGUGCCUUCAAGGGCGUGUGA